GAUCCUGGCUUCAAUUGAUCUGCAAUGUUACUGGCCGGAUAAGUAACUACGUCUACUGGAAGUGGAAUGGGUCAAUGAUUAGUACAUAUACUCCUGUGCUAGAGGAAGACUUUAUAAUAGUGGAGAAUCCUUUAAACAGAAGAAGGAGUACAGUCCUCGCACGGCUUAAUAUUUCGGCAGUGGAAAGUAAAUUCUUCCUGCAUCCAUUUACCUGUUUAGCCAAGAAUACAGAAGGAAUAAGCACAGCAUAUAUACAAUUAAUACAUCCAGUCCCUGAUUUCCAGAAGCCCACAGUUGGUAUAUUCGUCAUGUUAACGUUGGUAAUUACAUGCUCUCUCUGCAUCUACAAAGUCUUCAAGGUUGACAUCGUGCUUUGGUACAGAGAUUCCUUCUAUGAUUUCCUCCCCAAAAAAGUUUCAGAUGGAAAGACGUAUGAUGCAUACAUACUAUGUCCAAAGACCCCUGGGGAAGGGCCUACCUGUAACUCAGAUAUUUUUGUGUUUAAAGUCAUGCCUGAGGUCUUGGAAAAACAGUGUGGCUAUAAGCUGUUCAUCUGUGGCCGGGACGACUAUGUUGGGGAAAGCAUUGUUGAGGUUGUUAAUGAAAAUGUAAAGAAAAGCAGAAGACUGAUUAUCAUUUUGGUCCCAGAAACGUCAGGAUUCAGCUGGCUGGGGAAUUCAUCUGAAGAGCAGGUGGCCAUGUACAAUGCUCUCAUUCAGGAAGGAAUUAAAGUUGUCCUACUGGAGUUGGAGAAAAUCCCAGACUAUGAGAAAAUGCCAGAAUCCAUUAAAUUCAUUAAGCAGAAACAGGGGGUCAUACGCUGGUCGGGGGACUUUAGAGAGGGGUCGCAGUCCAUGAACUCGAGGUUCUGGAAGAAGGUCAGGUACCAUAUGCCAGUCCAGCGGCAGCGGCCUUUAUCCAAGCACCAGCUGCUGUCCCCGGCCACUCUGCUGGACUCUAAGGAGAAACGACCCAUGGAGGUCCACGUGCCUCUCGGGUAGUGGAGAAGCUUGGCCAAGAAUUCCUUGGUGACUCCUGUCUCCGGGCACUGCAGGCUGGGCCUCACUGACUUGCACAGUCGUCCUACACACCUGUUUAGUCCCUUACCCCCGAGGUCACCUGGGACCGGAUUAAGGGAGCAGGAUGUGGCAACAGUUGCUCUGUGGCCAGGGCAACUCCAGGCAGAGGGCUUGGGAAGUCCUUUAACAAGGCGCUGGAUGCCCUGUCUGAAUGUUUGAACUGCUGAGAAAAGGCGCUGGGCAGCAAACCAGAGGAAUGAACAUGCAGGUAAUAUUCACCAUCUAUAGACAGAUUUAGGAUGUCUCCCAGGGUCCGAGGGCAGGGCUGUGGCCCAGUCUGGGGACAGCAGGCCCUCAAGAGGUUCUCCUGGGCAUUGCUACAGGCAGACUGAGACCUGUACUUCCCAGAGGAUGUGGAAGCAUUCUUGGAGAACUUUCCAUCUGCCUUGCAUUUCCCAUACCUCUCGACAGACAGCUGGCAGUCACUUUCCAAAGAUGGAAUUUCAUUUCAUGGAACCUUUAAAACUGUCAUUUCAAUGAGCAAAGGAGUUCCCCCGACUCUUAAGGGUUUGAAAUAACCUUAGCUUUCUGCAGGAGAGAGAGAAUUUUGAGAGGAAGAAUAGCAGAGAAUGGACCCACCUCUUUAUGCCUUCCCCCUGCAGUGACCACUUGGUUCCACCUUAUUCUUCUGCCUUUUUCUAAACUCGUCGCUUCUCUGGAAGGUCCACUUCCAAGUCACCUCCUCCUUACACUCUGUCACACACAUGACCUACAGAUGAAACAUCUUUCUACGAUGCCCAGAUCUUAAAAUGCCCUUACUAGACCGCCUCCAUGGGCUCCUCCUGGGUCAGGAGCGAAAGCCCACUUCCUCCCACGAGCAUCUCCCCACCGCCCUAUGCAGCUCGACACCUGUCAGCCCUGCUCUGCACACCCCAGAUUGUUCACCUUCACACCUGUCCCCAGCCUCCCUCCAUCUCUGCCUCUCCUUCCUAUCUCCUCUGACCAGAAAUCCUCUUCACAUUUUCUCUAGCUGACCCAAAUUUUACUAAUACUCAAGAUUUACUCCAAGUCCCUCUCCCCAAGAAACUUCCCUCAGGCAGUUGUUCUGUUUCUGUCAGUCUGAUUGUACUUAGGCUGUCUCUUUGCGGGAAGUUGCUUCUGUCUCCAGCUCCUAGCCUUGUUCUCUGCAGAAAAGGCAGGGGUGUCUCUUUGUUGGCAAUGCCUUAAGAAGAAGUUUGCACACAUUACGUAGACUGGCGUAGUGCUUUACUGUUUAAAAAUGUCCACAGGUUAUCUUAUUUUUUGAAAACCUCUGUUAAAUUUCCCUUUAACCUCUUCCUUUCAAGCCUUUCCCAUUAAUUAGAUUUUACUGGAUAAUCUGAUGGGAAUUUUUCUUC